AUGAGUGGAAAUGAUCCGGAGUGGGAUGCAUUUGAGUAUAAGGGUGGAAAACGAAAACGUAAAGAAGUUUCCAAAGUGAUAUUUGUGCAGACAGUAGCUCUGAAGAAUGUGCAAACAGCUGUUUUAGCAACUCUAGGAACAGGCGAGAGAAUUUAUGACUGGUUAGAGGAGAAACUUGACGAAGUUGAGACAAACACAAAAUCUUUUUUGUCCGAGGGGGUAAAUGCCGGGGAUCAUGUUGUCACAGACUUGGGAGUGCUGAAAUACAACCGAUCAGGGAUAAUAGAAUUUAAGCUGCACUACAGUGAUCAAUUUCUGGAAAUGCAAAGACGUUUUACACGCGCCGGUGUUCCCUUUGACACAGAACUGAAAACUGAAUCAAAUAAUCCGGCGAAAAUCAAGCUGAUACAUUCGGAUCACCUUGCGCUCAGGUUGACAUAUUUGAUCAGAAAAAAAGCAGAAAAUUCGCUAACAGAAGAUUGUCUAUUUUUAAAUAUCUACGUCCCAGAUCAAGAACCAGACAAAGAGACGGGACAUGCUGUGAUGGUAUUUAUACAUGGCGGUGGGUUCUCGCUUGGCACUGGAAACAGAUUUAUCGGUGACCGUUUAGCGUCUGUCGGUAACGUUAUAGUUGUAACUAUCAAUUAUAGACUUUGGAUAUGGGGAUUUUUGGAUUUUAAUGAUGAAAGAGCUCCAGGAAAUAUGGGGUUAUGGGAUCAACAGAUGGCAUUGAAAUGGGUGAAUAAAAACAUUGAAUCUUUCGGAGGGGACAAGGAUAGGGUCACCAUAUUUGGACAAUCGGCUGGUGCGAUAAGUGUUGGUUUACAUGCUCUUUAUCCUAAAAAUGAAGGACUUUUCCAAAAUGUUAUCGCAGAGAGUGGAUCCCCAACUGUCAUGAGCCUUGUCAAGAAUAUUGACGAAAACAUACAACCUGCAGCAUACUUGGCACAACUGUUAAACUGUAGUACUGAAAACAACGACCAAGUGUUUGAGUGCAUUCAGAAAAGUGACAGCGAUUCUAUGAUUAAAGCGUUUAAAAAUGCUUUAACAGAUCCGAGGUUUUUUUGGAACGUCAUUUUCACACCCACACUAGAUGGCGAAUUUGUGAAAAGUUCUCCUUCAAGACUUGUAGAACAGGCUAAAACUGGUGCUCCAGCUGAAGUAGAAUUUUUCAGAUCCUUGAGUUUUAUUAACGGGUUAAAUGGAGACGAAGGUGGAAUGUGGAUUCAAAUGAUUGAUGGUACAAAUAAAAGAUAUGAUGAUUUAAAGCUGUCACAAGACGGCUUUGAUGAUAAAGUUAUACCACUGGUUACGGCCUCGGAUGGAAAGGGGUCGUACGUGUUGAAGUCACUAAUAAGUUCGAAAUAUAAAGACUGGAAAACCCCUUACGAGCCUAAAAACAUUGGAAAACAAGCUAUAAAACUAUUGGGAGACAUAUACAUUAACGUUCCAGGUAUUGAAUUUGGCAGGUUACAUGCUAAUGAUACAAAAUCCGGUAGUUAUCUGUACAGGUUUACUGCAGGGGUCGAACGGCAUCUCAUACCUACUCCAAGCUGGAUUGGUUCGGGUAACCACGCUGAUGAGAUUGGACCGGUAUUUGGCUAUCAUUUAGACUAUGAUUGGUUUGAUGGUAUAAAGGGUGAUUAUUCCCCUCCUGAAUGGGAAUGGAACUUGUCUGAAAGAAUGAUGACGUUUUGGACAAAUUUUGCCAAAUACAGCAAUCCAAAUGGACAGGAUGGAAGUAACAGUUGGCCGAAAUAUACAAUUGAUCACGAGCAUUAUCUAAAUUUCGACAGAAGAGAUUACGUUGGGCAAUACUUACACGCAGAUGAAGUGGAAUUUUGGCGGAAUAUAGUUCCGAUGGUGGAAGAAAAAUGUCAUGACGCUGAAUCAUCUGCAUUCUCAAGAAAGUCGUUUGACACAUGUGAUGCGGAAGGGGGAUGCGAUUAACAAAACAAUGAUUACUUUAAGUAAAAUAGGCUCCUACACUUAUUCGCACAAAUCUAUCUCCGUAAAUAUCGUGCAACUACUAGUAUAUAAAAGUUUUUUCCUCCGUACAAAAUGCAAAAUGUAUAUAGCGUAUACGUUAUAAGGAAGUUAAUUUAUGACCUGAUUAAGUUACAAUUGUUGAGAUUAUAUUUAUUCAGUUACAUUUUAUAUACAUUUGAUAUAUAAGACACAGACAAAUGACAUAGAUUAGGCCCUAAAGUGCAAAAUUUGUUUAAAUAUCUUUAUUUAGAAUAUCACAUCACUCAUUUGUAGGUUUAUGUUUAUAAUUAUACACGUUUCUAAAGUGCAGUGAUUUACUUCAGGCACCCCAAGAACGCAAAUAGUUACAUAUAAAAAUUGCUACAUAUGAAUAUAAUAAUAAUACAUACAUAAAAGGAAGCUAUGCCAAUUAGAUCAUUAAACGAUUAAAUUAUAAA